AUGAGUGAGUUAAGUUCAGUUAGGACUUCAAGACUUAACAGUGCCCGAGCCCAGCUUCAUGCAGGAAAAUCACAAGCAUCUGCAGUGACAUCAGUAUCCCACCUUUCCAAAUCCUCAUAUGCUUCUCUGACUCGUUCACAGGCCUCAGCAUUAUCUUCAUUGAAAUCAUCUCAUGCAUCUAAACUCAGCUCCCAUUUAAGUGAAGUUCUAGAGAAUCUACUCGUAAUAGACGAAUAUGGAUUCACUGACAAACUGUGCAGGACUUGUCAAUCAAGGCUUUCUUUUGAAGAAGUCAUUGCUUUGUGUAUUCCAAUGGAUGCAGAUGGGAAUCCAAUGUGUAAAAUAGAAGAAAUUAAUUUUGAUGAAAUUACCCUGAUUUGUCUGAAUUGUUAUGCAGAGUAAAAUAUAUUUAGCAUUGUGUCAAAAAGAAGCAAAGUUAGGGCUCCUUCUGCACCUAAAAUACAAGCAAAUGCAGAAGUUACCAUUGAAGAAGAAAAGAAACCAGCUUCAAGAGCACAUAGUAAGCCAGCAACACCAAAGAGGCCAGAUACAAAACAAAACCCAGCUGACAAAAGUAUGGAAACCAAAAUUAUUGAGGCUAAGCCAAACUCAGCAUCAAAAUUUCUGGAGCCUAAACAAAACCCACUUCUCAGCAAAAACAGUGGGUAUAAAAAAAUUGCAAGAAAUAUUUUAGCAUCUUCUAAUAGUGAUCCUGCGAAACUUUAUGAUCAAGUUAAAACAAAAAACUCUGAUAAGCAGCAGCAUUUUAAUAGAAAAGCAACAGAUAUCACGAAGUAUUAUAAUGCUACGUUUUCUGGAGGUGUCUUUAAAAAUGCGAUUCCUGGUCAAUCAAUAUAA